AUCAGAGCGCGGAGAGUCGCAGCCUGCGGGGGGUUUCCCGGGAGUCCGCGAGCCCACUAAAGUACAACAACUAAAGAGAGCCAGAUAACGAGACAAAAGUGAAAUUGGCAUGCGCGUGGUUCUUGCGGAGCUCGUGCUGUUGCAUUCGCCUGCUUACAUGCGAAUAUAAAUCACAAGGAUUAUUGCUCGUGCUGAUUUUACCGUCUGAAAACAGUUGCUCCAUAACAGGACAAAGAGUUUGACAAUCUGAGCGUUUAUAACGACAUGGGAAGAGCCUCAUCUGUCCAGUAAGAAUGUUUCCGUUGCACAGAGAGAGGGAGCAGCCCAUCUUCAGCACACGAGCUCAUGUGUUUCAAAUCGAUCCCGCCAGCAAACGCAACUGGAUCCCCGCCAGCAAGCAUGCGGUCACCAUCUCGUUCUUCUAUGAUGCAAACAGACACGCCUACCGCAUCAUCAGUGUGGGAGGGACAAAGGCCAUCAUUAACAGCAUCAUCACUCAUAACAUGACAUUCACAAAGACGUCUCAGAAGUUCGGUCAGUGGGCAGACAGCAGAGCAAACACCGUGUAUGGCCUCGGAUUCGCCACAGAGCAGCAGCUGCACCAGUUUGCAGAUCGUUUUAAGGAGGCAAAGGAAGCUGCACGGAUGGCCAGAGAGAAGUCGCAGGAUAAGAUGGAGUUGAGCAAUGCAGCUCUAAGUAUCGCAGCUCCUCAGGAUCUGUCUGAUGAGCUGCAGUCUCCUCCGGUGAUGUGUGUGAAUGGUCCGGAGGACAAACUCUUCAGGAGUCAGAGCGCCGAUAUCACUUUGUCCUCAGAGAAGGAGCGCAUUAAAAAGAUGCUCUCGGAGGGGUCCAUCUGUGAGAUAAAUCUUGAAGCAGAGUUCUUCACAUUACAGGACAAUAACGCUAAACUUGUGGCCGCGCUGCAUGAGGCUAACACUAACGUUGAGCAGUGGAAGAAACAGCUGUCGGCGUAUCAAGAGGAGACGGACAGAUUACGAGACCAGGUGGCAGAACUGGAGGCUCACGGGGGCCCGGGGCCCAGUGACCUGCUGAAAGAUGAACUCACUCAAUCCCUGGAGGAACUGGAGAACUUACUAAAGGCAAAGGAUGAGGAAAUCCAUAUUCUUCAGAAUAAGAAAUCAGACUUCCAUGAGUUGGAACAGGAGAGAGAAGAGGCUAUACACAGACUACAGGAGUUAGAAAUGCAUAACAUUGAACUGGAGCGGCGAGUGCAGAACGGCGAGCAAAACCUCGCCUCCGUGCUGGAAGACCGUGAUCGUGCUGAGAACGAGGUGCAACGGGUCAUUCAGAUUCUCGAUGUCAAGAUCUUUGACCUCAACGACCUCCGACAGAGUCUGGUCAAACUAAUCAGUAAAUAAUCUGAUUGGCGCAGAUCAGUCCUGGAGACGCGAGACUGUGAAUGCUCAUCUCGACGGCCGCCGCAGGAGGCACCCUAUCCACUAGAGGGCGUAGUUCAGCUUUUCAAAUAGUGUCUGUAUGUGACGGGUUUGAUGUGCAAGUUUAGUCACAACCGGUGUUGUAAAAUGUUCCUAGUCUUGUUUUCUAUAGUUUUGUUUCAAAAUUGCACUGAAGGACAGAUUUCGUUGAAAGCUUAGCUAUACAUUUCCAUGGCAUUUCCAUGUUGGUACAAUGUGGAUGUUUGACGUAAUGGUACAUUCUCACGAUUUAUCUCACGAGAAGCUUUAUUUUUGAUACACUAAUAAAGUAAAAAAGGCCACUUUACAGUAGCACAUGCAUAAUAAAUCUUAUUUCAAUUACUGUAUUAGAAGUUAUGGAGUGUAACUGUACAGUAUUCCACAAUUGGACAAUAUAAUACAAUUUCAUUCAGUAUUGAACUUCGUAUUAUGCUAACAUUACUAACAUUUCUGUUUUGGUAUAGCCACAGUAACUAGCAAAGGUCUUUGUGACUUAUCUUAUGAAUACAUCCACACUAAUACGUUUUUGGCUGGUUUAUCGCUGUCUAACGUUAUUGAUUUUCAAUGCAUGUGGCAAUUUAUGGAGGAAAACGUUGUAUCUAGUGAGGAUGAGAUGCGUAAACGUAGCGUUUCCAAACUAAAACAUGAAAGAUUUGUUGAUUCAACCAUAACAUAUGAAAGAAAUCGCUUCUACUCAGAAACAUAUUUACAACAUUUUUAGCUUUACUUAAUUUGCAUGAACGUGUACAACACAAAGGAUACAUUUAGGCCACUUAGAGAGACGCAUUAAGUAAAUGUUAAUUUUGAGUUCUUUUAUUUUGCAUAAAAAUUCAUAAAAUUAAGAUUUUAAGUUAUACUAACUCAAACAAUCGAGUACAGAAAUGAGGUUGUGGGGAAUACCCAAAAGUCAAGUCAUAUUUAUUUAUAUAGCGCUUGUCACAACACACACCCUUUCAAAGCAGCGUUACAGAAUAUUAUGCUAUUGAAGUCCUCAUUGUGCGUUUAUAAUGAAUAACGAGAUUAAUAUUCAUGCUUUAAAAAUGGCCCCCAUUGAGCAAGCCCAAGGCGGCUGUGGGUAGGAACACAAAACUCCCCAAAUGAUAGUAGUUAAUGGAAAAACAUUACCUUGGGAGAAAUCAGGCUCACUGUUGGGGGCCAGUUCCCCUCUGGCUAAACAGCUCAAAUGAAAUGCAAAAAUGUGUUAUCUAUGUGUAGCACAAGUCUUGUUUUAAGUAAACUGAGUAGAUGAUGGCAGGGACGGAUAAUGACUUACAAAGGCCCCGGGGCUAAUUAUCUCCAAGGGCCCCUAGUUUUGAUUGUGUAUGGGUUUUCGUGCGGGGGGUCACCAAACUGGAUCGCUCAACCUUUAAGCCCAGGGUCCCCCCCACCCCGGGCAGUCAAGGGCCCCUGGGCACUGCCCCCAUUGGCCCUGUUGGUAAUCCAUCCCUGGAUGUUGGGUAGCCAAAUGAUUUUGUAUGAACUAUAAGAUUAAUGAUUAAGUGUCUAUUAAUUCCAUCCCAAAUUAUUUGCAGAAGUGCAUGUAAAUGCAAUGUCCAUUUAUUUGGCUGAUGAAGGCUUUAGUUGGUAUUGAUUUAUUGUCAGUGUAUUCUAUAAGAAGAGACUGUAGUCUAUGACCAAGAUGAUGCUGGGGGAGGUCAGCGAGGUGUGCCCUGUAAUCGGAUUGGAAGCUUGGCGGUUCUUUUCGGUGGAGUCCGUUCUAAGCCCAUGGUGCAAGCAGUGGACAGUGAAGUGCCCCAGAUCUUGCGUUUAGAGACCUCCAAUCCAGGGGUGGAUUGGGAAGAGAAAUCGGCCCGGGAUUUUACAUAGAAACUGGCCCUAGUUGCUGUCAUUUUCUGCAAAUAUCUGCCCCCUUUGGCCUAUUGUGGCACCGUUUUGGGGCCCGUUCUGCAUAACGCCAGUUCUCCUGAUGGCCAGACCCAACGGGAAAAUGACCGGUAUGCCAGAUUACCAAUCCAGCCCUGCCUCAGUCUAUCCUCUGUGAAGUCCUUCGUAGAACACUGAAAUACAGUCAUUGAUUAUCUUAGCGCCCCUUGCUGUCUGGUUGGCACAGGAUACAGCAAGUAGUCCUCUCUCAACUACACACAGAGCAGUGGAAGUGGGACAUCGGGCUUGAUCGAAGCUGGAUCUGGUAGACUUUGGAAACCUCAGGAUAUGUACACCUAAGAGAAUAAACAGAGAGAAUAAUACUAUCAUAGAUGCCAUUCAACAUAAAGUAGAUUUAUAGAAUAUGAGAAGUGUUUCUGGUUCCGGCAGAUCUGACUAAUGCAGCAUAACUAUGAGUUGAGGGAUAGAUUAGGUGUAUGCCUGGCUGAAGAGAGGAGUCUUUAGGCUAUGGACAUAAAUCAAGAGAGUGUGUCUGAGGCCCGAGCAAGGCUAGGAAGGCUAUUCCAUACUUCAGGAGCAAAAUAGGAAAACGAUCUACCUACUUUUGUGGGUUUUGAAAUUCUAGGUAAUAUCAAUAGGCCGGAAUAUUACGAUCGUAGUGAACGUGAUGGAUUAUAGCAUGAUCGGUCACCAUACCAAAGUAUUUUUGUUUGGUCAAAAGGAAACCGAUGGAGUGCGUACUCCAGGUAGGGAAGGAGGUAUUGCCCCAAGUGAAGGAGUUCAAGUACCUCGGGGUCUUGUUCACGAGUGAGGGGACAAUGGAGCGGGAGGUUGGCCGGAGAAUCGGGGCAGCGGGGGCGGUAUUGCACUCGCUCUAUCGCACCAUUGUCACGAAAAGAGAGCUGAGCCGAAAGGCAAAGCUCUCGAUCUACCGGUCAAUUUUUGUUCCUACCCUCACCUAUGGUCAUGAAGGCUGGGUCAUGACCGAAAGAACUAGGUCACGAGUACAAGCGGCCGAAAUGGGCUUCCUCAGAAGGGUGGCGGGCUUCUCCCUUAGAGAUAGGGUGAGGAGCUCAGUCAUCCGUGAGGAGCUCGGAGUAGAGCCGCUGCUCCUUUGCGUCGAAAGGAGUCAGUUGAGGUGGUUUGGGCAUCUGGUAAGGAUGCCCCCUGGGUGCCUCCCUAGGGAGGUGUUUCAGGCACGUCCAGCUGGGAGGAGGCCUUGGGGAAGACCCAGGAUUAGGUGGAGAGAUUACAUCUCCACACUGGCCUGGGAACGCCUCAGGGUCCCCCAGUCAGAGCUGGUUAAUGUGGCUCGGGAUAGGGAAGUUUGGGGCCCCCUGCUGGAGCAGCUGCCCCCGCGACCCGACUUCGGAUAAGCGGUUGAAGAUGGAUGGAUGGAAGGAACUUAUCUGGGAAUUUAAUUAGUUGAUUUGAGCUCUUUUCAGUAUUAUGCUGUUUUACUGUAAUUGCGUCACCAUUAGAGUGAUGAUUGUUCCCGUUGCUAAAGUAAAUUUUUUCAUGUGCAUGUGAAUGUGCGUACCUGAAGUGCAGCUUUAUCUGCACCUCUUUGGGGAAUCAGGUUUAAUGACUGAUCUCAGUCAUUAUUUUCUUUUGAGCCAAUAAAACCAAAAUUUCCAAGUAAAACAAUAAAAUAAAUGUUCAUUUGAAACUACUUACUAUUAGUUUUGUGUGACACCUUUUUAAGCAAAUAAAAUGAACUGAUACAUUUGUGUGUAUGCAAUAAAGGUUUGUAUAUGUAGCAUUUUUUGCAUCAUACUUUUUAAGUAAAUUCAACUCGUUUUUUGUAUUUAUUUAAAAACGCACAUCUCGCUACAUUUACACCUCUCAUCCACACUACAAGAGCGAAUCAAAAACGCAUCUCUAUUGCCGCAUACUUUGGACGCAAAACAAUGACAAUAGGAAACUGAAAUGGCUAGUGUGGAUGUGGCCUUAAAGUAAUAGUUCACCCAAAACUAUCCCGGAUUGGAAAGAGUCGCCAAUGAGCUUGUGCCAUUAUUUUAGAUUUUUAGUUUUUUUCAGUAUGUACUCUGUUUGUUAAUUAUUCUGUUAUAUGAAGUGGAUGUGCUGUGCAGUACAACAGUAUCACAGCUGGGUGUGUGUAUACCAAAGACCAGCUUGAAUGUGGUGGCCAAACGCCUCUAUAUGUUUAUACUGUGGAAUGCUUAGGAUAGAAGACAGCAUUCCUAUAAAGCAUUAAAUAGUAGUUGCAUUGGAUGAAAUAUACAAGUAGGUAGAAAUAAACAAUUGUUGUGUGGUUAUAGUAUGUUAAGAUACUCCUUGAGUUCACAGGGAAUUUAUACUUGAUAAGAAUAGCUGUAGUUCUCCAUUGAGGAAUAGACGCUAGUCUGUUGCAUUUGUAAUGCUGCUGCUUUUGUGUAAGGCUUCUAACAUAAGCACAUUUACAUACUAAAGUCAGCUCAUUAAAACAAAUCUGACAAAGCAAGAAAACUGCGUUUACAUGAGACUUGAAAUCAUCUGAUUAUUCUAUGUGUUUGAAGCCAAAAUGAAAACUUACCAAAGUGUGCAACACUGCCCCCAGUGGCCAAAGUGGUAAGUGUUGUUGUGCUCCAUUUUGCAUGUGAAAUGUCCACAGAGGGGCGCCAAAAGCGAGUUGUGAAGAGUUGUUUUCAGCUGUACAGGAUGUAAUACAGUGAAGAGGAAUGCAUAUUUUAUUAGUUGUACCCCCCAAACCAAACAACAACAAACCUAACCACCAGUGGGGUCAAAUGUAUUGUUAGAAGGGGAAAAUGCCACCUCAGUAUCGCUCUCAUCACUGAUUAUACGAAUGCAUUUCAAUGCAGGAUCCAAACUAGCGACUCAAAAUUCACCCCUACACCAGAACAACAUGCCGACUUCCUGUGUGAUCAUGUUGGUUUUUCAUGCCAUGCAAAACCGGGCGUAAAUCUACAUGUGUCAAUCACGUUUAUGACCUUGCCCUGUUAAAGGAAUGCCAUUUAAGGUGUUUACAUGAAUAAUCUAUGUAAAAUCGUGCUUGUAAACGUGCUCAUUGUUAAUCUGAAUAAAAUAU